CCAGCGCCCGCGGAGGGAGGUCCUGCCUCGGUCCUCGGAGGUGGGUGGCAGCGGUGUGACCACCGGAGACGGACUGGGCACUGCCGUGGCUUGCGGGCGUUCCUGUUUGGGCGGAUGUCACGGCUUUCUCCUUACAUUUGAAUUUCCCUUUGAUAUUCCCUCUUGUCACAUUUUACAGAAUUUCAGAGGUGCUGCUUCUCUGUUGAAGGAUAGUAUCCCAGUUACUGAGUUUUCAGCUUCAGGACCAUUUGAAGGUCAUGAUCUUCUACGUAGAGGUUUUAAAAGUGUGAAAAAUGAACUGUUGCCCAGCCACCCACUGGAGUUGUCAGAAAAAAAUUUCCAGUUAAAUCAAGAUAAAACAAACUUUGACACACUGAGAAAUAUUCAAGGACUCCACGCACCUUUAAAGCUGCAGAUGGAAUUCAGAGCAGUGAAGCAGGUCCAGCGUCUCCCGUUUCUUCACAGCUCAAACAUGGCACUGGAUACUUUGAGGGGAAACGAUGAAUGCAUCGGUUUUGAGGAUAUCCUUAAUGGUAAAUACAUUCUGUUCUGAAUGUUAUGGAAACAUUUAAAAGUAAAAUUUGGGAACUGA